UCUCAGCGACGGGACGCCAGUCUCCGCGUUCUGGUUCCGAGGCAGAAUCCCUGAGGACUGGAAGGCCCGGGCGGGGGGCGGAAGGGAUUCAGAUACCUUGAAAACCCCCGGGAGACUGUGGAAUUGAUUAUUUUUCUGCUGCUCACCUUUCAUUAUGAAGGAGGAUCAAGUUGUGCUGGAAGAACCAGGAUUCCAAGAUGAAGAAGAAUCUUUGUUUCAAGACAUUGACCUGUUACAAAAACAUGGAAUUAAUGUGGCUGACAUUAAGAAACUGAAGUCAGUAGGCAUCUGUACCAUCAAAGGGAUACAAAUGACAACAAGAAGAGCGCUAUGCAAUGUCAAAGGGCUCUCGGAAGCAAAAGUGGACAAGAUUAAAGAGGCAGCCAACAAGCUUAUUGAACCAGGAUUCCUGACUGCAUUUGAGUAUAGUGAGAAGAGGAAGAUGGUUUUCCAUAUCACCACUGGGAGCCAGGAAUUUGAUAAGUUGCUAGGAGGUGGAAUUGAAAGCAUGGCAAUCACAGAAGCUUUUGGAGAAUUUCGAACUGGAAAAACCCAACUCUCUCAUACCCUCUGUGUGACAGCUCAACUUCCAGGAGCAGGUGGCUACUCAGGAGGGAAGAUUAUCUUCAUUGAUACAGAAAAUACUUUCCGUCCAGAUCGCCUUCGGGACAUUGCUGAUCGCUUCAGUGUAGACCAUGAUGCAGUCCUGGACAACGUACUUUAUGCACGUGCAUAUACUAGUGAACAUCAGAUGGAGCUACUUGAUUAUGUAGCAGCAAAGUUCCAUGAAGAAGCUGGCAUCUUCAAACUAUUGAUCAUUGAUUCAAUAAUGGCACUUUUCCGAGUGGAUUUCAGUGGUCGUGGGGAGUUGGCUGAACGGCAGCAAAAACUGGCCCAGAUGUUGUCACGACUACAAAAAAUCUCAGAAGAAUAUAAUGUGGCUGUGUUUGUGACCAAUCAAAUGACUGCUGACCCAGGAGCAACUAUGACUUUUCAGGCAGACCCCAAAAAACCCAUCGGGGGACACAUUCUGGCUCAUGCUUCAACAACAAGAAUAAGCUUGCGAAAGGGAAGAGGAGAGCUGAGAAUUGCCAAGAUUUAUGACAGCCCCGAGAUGCCUGAAAAUGAAGCCACCUUCGCAAUAACUGCUGGAGGAAUUGGGGAUGCCAAGGAGUAGGUGGCGAAUUGAUGCAAAUUGCUUCUUAGUGCUUAUUAGGAGCUGAAGAAAUGGAAAAGCAGUCUCAAAUUUCAGAUCUUGAAAUAAGAGUCUGUUUUUUUUCAUGUGUUAUUAAAGGAAAGUCAGCAAAAGAGAAUUAAAUUAUAUUUAUCUUAAAGGUCUCUGAUUUACAAUAACUAAACAUUGUAUGUCGGUUCAGGAAUAUAAAUAUGUAUAUGAAUGAAUAAACCUUUUGAAAAAUAGUUGGGGAAGGGGUACCUCACUUUAGCUUCCCAAAGUGAGCCACUAAGCAGAUGGCAAGUCUAAGAGCUCCGAAAUGUCUCCUCCUCCUACAGCUGCCCCCCGAACACUUAGAAGUGAAUACACUUCCAAAGGAGGGAGACAUUUAAGGGAAGAAUGUUUACAGGAUACACAAAAGAGCUUUUUUAUUCAUGAUAUCAAACUAUAUAUUCACAUUUAUAGCAACA